UAAUCACAGCUCUAAUAGGACCAAACAAGAUCCAGGACGAGAUCCAGAGACCAUUUCCCACUUAAAAACACACACAGCAGCACUCACAAACCGCCUCUCUCUCCUCCUAUACACGCCCCACAUACAUCAGUAUGUCUUUAGUACAGGCAGAGAGAGGAGAGACGGAAUAUUAGUAUUCAGAGCACAGGGAGGAAAAGGAGGAGAGGCACCGAGCGAGCAAACGAGGGAGAGUGAGAGGGAGGGGACAGGAGGAAAAAAAAACACCAGGAGGGGAUGGAAAUAUAAGAGAAGAAGAGGGGAAACCGAGAGGUAAAAAAGGGGAGGGGAGACAGGGAUCGUAUUGUUCAUUUCUUCCCUCUCAGUCUGCCUUCACCGGUUCCUGCUCGGACAGAUGGAUAGGUGCGGAAUGCCCCUUUACGAGCGACGCAUCUGAGUGAAAACAGCGGAGGAGAGAGAGCGGAGGACGAGCAGCAGGAGGAGCCCAGCGGUUCCUGCGACGCAGAAAGGUAAGGAAGGGGAAGAUUUGGAGGGUUUUCAGCCAGACGUUGAGAAGUCGGCCUCCUGUCCAGGUGGAUUGGUGGAAGAGACAGGCUUCACCGAUGCAUGCCACCCGGUCCUGCUGGAGCUAAACACGCCUCCUCUGUUCACACCUCUCAGUGAAGAACGAUGGUUAUAAAUUCACACGACAGAUAAAUUUGUUUUCCUCUGUCGAAGAAACUUUUACACAAACCUCCCUUCCAAAUUCAGCAUGAGCAACACCAAGAGUUGAGUCCAGAAGAAGGGCAUCUCAGCCUGGACCAGGACCCCCCACCGAGCCGCUGCUGUUCUUCCUGCGUCGUCUUUUCCAGUUGACUCCUUGUGAAAGAAGGUGGACGGGCCGGCACUGUGCUUCUGCAGGAGGCCGUCCGAUCGGUGAGGGCGGCGAGGGCGGCGCUGUCAUCGGCUGACUGCUGCGGUGGGAGUGCGAUGCGGAUUGGAGCAUGUCGGGGGACUGGGACGAAGACCUGUGUAAGAAGGCGCUGACGCUUUUGGAGGAGCUGUGCUUCAACUCCCAGAGGGUUUACAGCCAGAGCAAACAGUGCCAGGAGUUCAGCUACCUGGUGAGGGGCCACAACAGGCAGCUGGACACAGAAAUCUCCGUCAGCCUGCUGUCGGUCAUCGUGACGUUCUGUGGCAUCGUCCUCCUCUCCGUGUCCCUCUUCGUCUCCUGGAAGCUCUGCUGGCUGCCAUGGCGGGACAAGGAGGGCGGCGGGCUGAGCCUGACAUCGGGGCUGCUGCCCGGGACCGCCGGGCUGGGAGGCGCCGCGGGGCCGUCGCUUUUACCCCCGCUGCUGCAGAGGAAGGAGGGCCACUCCUCUUCCUCGCUCUACCCCUCGCUGGGGCAGCAGGGGCACCCCCACUUCUCUGACCUGGUGGGGCUGGAGAGAGGGGAGGGCGGAGGGGUGGUCGGAGGGCCGAACGAGACCCAGGAGCAUUCGUACCUGGAUAUGGACUCCUACCCCAACAAUGCUGGGACUCUGAAGCUGAGUCAAACGUCGCCGGAUGUCCCCAACUCGGAGGGCGGGGCUCAUCCCAACAAAGAGCUGCCCAACGCCCAUUCCCAGCAGCAGGUCACCCCGCGACCCAAGCCCAUGACUCACCAGCUCUCCAGCCCAGAUUUCCACGGCGAGGAGAAGGAGCAGGUCACCUGCAUCGGGCAGAUCAAGCCGGAGCUUUACAGGCCCAAAGGCGACCAGGGCGAAGGCAAGCAGGGCGACACCUGCGGCAGGAUCUGCUUCCUGCUGCGCUACGCCUUCAACACGGAGCAGUUGGUGGUUAAGAUACUGAAAGCUCUGGACCUGCCAGCGAAGGACGCCAACGGCUUCUCCGACCCGUACGUGAAGAUCUACCUACUGCCAGACAGAAAGAAGAAAUUCCAGACAAAGGUCCACAGAAAGACCUUAAACCCAGUGUUCAACGAGACGUUCCAGUUCGGCGUGCCGCUGAACGAGCUACAUUCCAGGAAGCUGCAUUUCUCCGUGUACGACUUCGACCGCUUCUCCAGACACGACCUGAUAGGUCAGGUGGUGGUGGACAACCUGCUGGACUUCAGCGAGGGCAGCGGGGACAAACCCAUCUGGAGGGACAUCGUGGAGGGAACGGCGGAGAAGGCUGAUCUCGGGGAGCUUAAUUUCUCGCUGUGUUACCUGCCCACCGCAGGCAGACUCACCGCUACAAUCAUCAAGGCCACCAACCUCAAAGCCAUGGACCUGACAGGUUUCUCAGACCCGUACGUGAAGGCGUCCCUGAUAUGUGACGGACGGCGGCUAAAAAAGAGGAAGACCUCCAUUAAGAAGAACACGCUGAAUCCCACGUACAACGAGGCGCUGGUGUUUGACAUUCCCAAUGAAAACAUCGAGAGCGUCUCCAUCAUCAUAGCAGUGAUGGAUUAUGAUUGCAUCGGUCACAACGAGGUUAUAGGCAUGUGUCGAGUGGGCAGCGACGCCGACGGUCCCGGGAGGGAACACUGGGCGGCCAUGUUGGCAAACCCUCGGAAACCAAUAGAGCACUGGCAUCAGCUCGUUGAGGAAAAAGCAAUUGGUACAUUCGUAUCAAAGAGUGCCACAGCCCCCUCCCCUAAGCCGCAUAUUGUGGUGGACAGCCCCCACUCUGAUUAAAACGGUCAUUAUCAUCUCUACGGCUCCAGAUUCUCCUUUUUUUAUUUUCUCUCUCUUGUUUCUUCUCCUCUCAUCUGUGAAUAAUUCUCUCCGUCAAAGACAAGAGAGACGUGGAGACGCUGCCAGUGUCCAGCUGCUAGUGCCGUUUUGCUCCUGCUAAUGAAUACUCCAACUUCUGCGCUGUGUUUGCUGAGCUGGAGGGGAGGGGGCGGAGCUUCACCCGUCCUGAGCUGCAGUGUGAACAUCAGACUACAAACACAUGCAGACAGGAACAAAGUCAGGUGUAAAUCUGGGACCUAGCAAGAAGUGCACACACUUUCCUCUCUUUCUGUCUCUUACACACACACACACACACACACACACACACACACACACACACACACACACACACACAUGCGGAUACACAGAGUUUGUAGUAUGUGUGUAGUUCAUGUGCUCUUUGGAUAUGUGUAGCAGUGACGUGCGGUUAGGGGAGGCAGGUGAGGCAGUGCUUCACCUGUAUGAGUAAAAAUAAGAAGUAAAAUCAGAUUUUCCACUUUUU